UCUAGGUUGGAGGGAUGUAGAACUAUGGUAGUUAAAGAGGGGGAGAGAAAGAAAGAGAUUCAAUGGAUUUUGCCCAGUACACUUGCAAGGUUUCCAAGAAGAUCCAGCAGGACAAGGAGAGAGGAGAUGAGGAAGGGGUAGCAUGGUCCAUUCGGGUUGGAUGUACCAAAAUAAGUGACCACAAAGGGCGAUGGGAACCGGACAGGGAUUUCACACAAGACCGCUGUUGUGUAGGGAGAGAGCGGCGGACAUCUAGGUGAUGCAUGCGGGGUCAGUGAUGCACCAAGACGAGUCUGGUGGAUUCCAGCAACCCGCCGCUGCAGAGAGCGAAGCCCGCUAGCUUACCGCCGGCCGAGAUGGCGCAUGGAUAGCGGAUCCCUUCAUACUACAAAACAUGACCAAGCGUUUAUAACAAAACCGGCAGUUUGGGAGCUAAACUAAGGAAUUCGAUGCUUGCACUAGCAGGAAGAAUUACAAACCCGCAUUUCCAUUGAGACUCCGAGGCUUCUGGAUGAGAAAGGAUGCCAUCUCCAUAAAACCUAUCAUACAUAGCUAACGGAGAGGGCCAGCUUGCGUUUUUUCCACCAUACUAGAUUGGCUUGAGUAGGCCGGUUGUGAUUCGUGAACCACAAGCUGUAACGAUGUUGGUGAGAUGCCACCGGAGCAAGCUGUCGGUGUGGGCCGUUCUCUGUGUGCUCGUGUUAUGCUGGCUCUACAUUUUCCCAGUGUACAGACUCCGGAGCGACAAGGAGAUAGUUGAUGAAGUGCUGCGGCAGGGACAAGUAUGGCAGAGGAACCAGACGGACAUCGAUCUGUUCAGGAAGCUGCUUUCAGAGUGCUGUGACCCAAGGAGAAUGUUUGCGGUGACCAAGCAGAAUUCACCUAUGGGGAAGGUCCUGUGGUACGAUGGAGAGUUUUACCACUCACACACAGUCAACAAUGAGACCUACUCUCUCUUUGUGCAGGAGACACCUCUUCAGCGUCCCCUCAAAAAGUGUUCAGUGGUGGGCAAUGGAGGGGUCCUGAAGCACAGCGGCUGUGGGAAGGACAUUGACCAGGCUGACUUUGUCAUGCGGUGCAACCUUCCACCACUGUCUAGGGAGUAUGUUGAGGAUGUGGGGACCAGAACCAACCUGGUGACAGCCAACCCCAGCAUCAUUGAGAAGAGGUUUCAGAACCUUCUUUGGUCGCGGAAAAGCUUUGUGGAGAGCAUGAAGGCCUACGGCUCCAGCUACAUUUACAUGCCAGCCUUCUCCAUGAAGCCGGGCACCGACCCCUCCCUGCGGGCACACUACGCCCUUGCCGACACCUCGUCCAACCUCACCAUGCUGUUUGCCAACCCCGAGUUUCUCAGGACCGUGGGAAAGUUCUGGAAGGGUCGCGGAGUGCAUGCCAAGCGCCUGUCCACAGGCCUCUUCCUGGUCAGCCUGGCGCUGGGGCUGUGUGAGGAGGUGACGGCCUACGGCUUCUGGCCAUUCAGCGUUGGGCUCGACGAGCAGCCCGUCAGCCACCACUACUACGAUAACGUGCUGCCGUUCAGCGGGUUCCACGCCAUGCCUGAGGAGUUUGUCCAGCUCUGGCAGUUGCACAAGAGCGGCACACUGCGUAUGAGGGUGGGACACUGCCCACCUCGGGAAGGGGCUAUAUAAGACUCAAGGGACCCUCCCCUAAUAAAUCUUCCCUUCCUUUCGCUUACAACCCACCAGCCCCCUGCGAUCGUCCCCAGCAAACCACCCGCAAACUACCACCUCUUUCUUCACCAUUAGCAUGAGAAUGUAACCCAUGGUUACCCACCCAGCCGAGAAAGCCCCCACACACCCCCUCUCUCUAUCCUGUCCUCCAUCCACUCUCACUAUGUGUGUGUUUGUGUGCGUGCGUGUGUGUUUGUGUGUGUGUGUGCGUGAGUGCAGAGAGGAGGUCUACUAACGGUCUCAGCUGGGGCUGGAGGAUUCUUUGUGUUUUGACUACUCAAUGUGACAUAGGGAGCAGCUGGGCCCAAUGCCCCCACUGAGUCUUUGUUAAACAGAGACAGAAGGAACAAUCCUAACCAAGAGGUUUUCAUAGAAGUCUUAAGAGAACAGACUGAAAGACUAGAAACACAGAAGGAAAAAGGAAAGGAGGAAGCAAGAUGUCCUGGUACCUAGGUCUCCUGGUACUAGGCUAUGGGUGUCCUGGUACCUAGAUGUCCUGGUACUAGGCUAUGAGUGUCCUGGUACCUAGGUGUCCUGGUACUAGGCUAUGAGUGUCCUGGUACCUAGAUGUCCUGGUACUAGGCUAUGAGUGUCCUGGUACCUAGGUGUCCUGGUACUAGGCUAUGGGUGUCCUGGUACCUAGAUGUCCUGGUACUAGACUAUGAGUGUCCUGGUACCUAGAUGUCCUGGUACUAGGCUAUGAGUGUCCUGGUACCUAGGUGUCCUGGUACUAGGCUAUGAGUAUCCUGGUACCAAGGUGUCCUGGUACUAGACUAUGAGUGUCCUGGUACCAAGGUGUCCUGGUACUAGACUAUGAGUGUCCUGGUACCAAGGUGUCCUGGUACCUAGGUGUCCUGGUACUAGGCUAUGAGUGUCCUGGUACCUAGAUGUCCUGGUACUAGGCUAUGAGUGUCCUGGUACCUAGGUGUCCUGGUACUAGGCUAUGAGUGUCCUGGUACCUAGGUGUCCUGGUACUAGGCUAUGAGUGUCCUGGUACCUAGGUGUCCUGGUACUAGGCUAUGCGUGUCCUGGUACCUAGAUGUCCUGGUACUAGGCUAUGAGUGUCCUGGUACCAAGGUGUCCUGGUACUAGACUAUGAGUGUCCUGGUACCUAGAUGUCCUGGUACUAGACUAUGAGUGUCCUGGUACCUAGAUGUCCUGGUACUAGGCUAUGAGUGUCCUGGUACCUAGGUGUCCUGGUACUAGGCUAUGAGUGUCCUGGUACCAAGGUGUCCUGGUACUAGACUAUGAGUGUCCUGGUACCAAGGUGUCCUGGUACUAGGCUUGUAUGAGAGCAGACUAAAAGGGAGACUGAAAGAUGUCUUGGUACCUUGCUCGUUCGAAGGAGUUUGUUAUUUUUUGUCUUGAACAACAACCCUUCACGGACAUCUUAAGCAACCAAUCAGCAUUGAGGUUCAAAGUAGGAUCCAAUAGAAAAGGAGAGUGAAGCACGAUAUCGAGCUCCUAGAAUGUUCCAUUUUACAGCCAAGCUGAACAGAUCCCUGUUCACUAAAAGGGAAGUCAAGAACAUUGCAGUGUUUGAUAAAUAUCUGUAUGUUAUUUAUAUUUGUUAAUCAUGACUUUAAUUAUACAUGUUUUUCAUUUUAUAUAGGUUGAUGUUCUACGUUGAUUUAGUAAUGUUACGAUUGAGAGCUGAGUAUGUAUUUAAAUCUUUUCACAAAAAUCCACUGCAGAGAAAAAGAUGUGAGCUUUACAAAUCAUGACCUCAUCUGUGUGUGUUCAUCGAGAGGUUGUGGCCUUGAAGGUUCACCCCCCGUUCACGCUACGAGUGCUUAUUGGUAUGGUCCACUUACAAACACACUCCAUUGACAAGCUACCAUAUCUUUCACUCUUGACUGAGUGAUGACAACACGGCAUGUUUCUGUUCAGGUGCCGGACACCUGUUCACAUUGAACUUGAACAUUCAUACUCUUCUUCAUCACCAUCGUCAUCGUCCUCACCAUCAUCAGUGUGCGUCUGAAUGUCAGGUCAGUGACCUGAACUUUGCUGUCCUGCAUUUAUUUCUAGGUGUUUUUUUUAUGUCAUUCAUAACAGGGAUUAUGGGAUCCUGUAACAGGGAUUAUUGGGAUCAAUUCCAUUUAAACUCGGUCAAUUCAGGAAGUAAACUGAUAUUCCAAUUGAAAUGGAAUUGACUCCAACCCUGAUCCGUAUACACAUACAAGGGAAUGAACAUAUGAUGUGUAGUAGGUGCUAGUUCUUCUGUCCUUCUGUCAUCAUCACCAAACAGUUGAGACAGUGGAAGAGGGCUGGCCCUUUAGGUUUUACAUGGACUCCUGUCUUGAAUUUUGUUAUGAUACGUUUAAAUGUUGUUACUGUCAUUGAUAUUUUGGUUGUGCAAAUGUGACCAGUACCAAAUCAUGUCAUGGGCCAAUCUAGGUCUGCAUGGGUCAUGCACGGAGUCUAGCACCAACACUGAAACAACAUUUAAACAACGUUUGGACUAACCUACAGGUACAGAACAGAUCAUGUGAAUUAUGAGGUUUCUUCAAACCCAUAUCUACUGUAUAAUGAAAGGUUUUUGUGCCUUCAGAAUUCACCAAGGCAAAGGGAAAUGCUAGACAUUACUGUAUGCUGUCUUUAGAAUGACAUUUUCCCUUGUGCCCCUUUUGAAGCUGAUUUCCACAAUCACAAUGUGACACUGCGACAUCACAGAAUAAUAUAGUACUACAGUAGAGAGGAUCAUAUCGGGAGGUGGUAAUACAGUAGUAUGAAUUAUUUGAGCCAUUUGAAUGUUUGAAGUAUUUCAAGUGUGCAUCUGAAAUGGCACCCUAAUCCCUAUGUAGUGUAUUACUUGUGACCAUAACCCAUAGGGUGCACUACAUCUGGAAUAGGGUACCAUUUCUGACAGUACCAAGUCAAAAUGACCCCCUUGACCUCUAUAUGAAAACCAUUUGACUAAGGUAACAAGUCCAGAGUCUUAGAUUGAGCUGGUUGUUGUUGGACCAAGUCAGUUAAUGUUAAACCAAACCUGUUUAAAGUCUCUUCAUUGCCAGUCUUGAAAACUUGUGCUCUCUUCCAACCAGGAAUUGAACUGUUGAUCAUUUUUAAAAACGAAUGUGAUUAAAUUGAUGACACGUAUUUGCACCUUCGGGCCCACUUUAUUUGGAUAGUCUGGAUAGUCCAUCUGUAGAUGGUCUUACUUACUAUCAACAAACUAUCUGUUGAGAAGCAACUGAUUGCUAAGGUUAGGGUAAAGGUUAGGGCUAGGGUAAAGGUUAGGGCUAGGGUAAAGGUUAGGGCUAGGGUAAGGCUUACUAGAUAGUUAGUUGACAUGUUAUCCAAAUAAAGUGUUCUCACCGUCUGGUUCCUCUGCCCAGUAUUGUGAAUGAGAAAUAUUUCACUGUGUCAUUUGCAGUAAGCAUGACUGUGACUCUGUAUGUGUUUUGGGGUUCUGACUUUCAAACUCAUUCUGUCCAUUAUUUUGUGAAGCGCCAUAUUGGGUUGAUUAUGCCCCAAAAUAAAUAGCGCAAAUUGUACCUCAAUAUCGGUUUUGCUGGCAAUCCCUUUUAGCCUUAGUAUGGGUACCAGUCAUUUGCCAAAGGACAGAAGUGGCAAGGAGUGGAAUGUUAGCUAACAAUACUGGUACUCAGUCUAUAUUAGCCUACUCUGGGGUUGAAUUGUGACGUAAUGCAAACACAAUGUGACGUUCUCAGCUACACAGUGUGUGUGAGCGAAUCCUACUUACUGUGUCAUGAAUAAGAUGACGUCUAGUUAACGAGGGCUUCUGCACAGUGCUACUUUGAAUCUUUCCUACGUAUAUUUAGAUGUGUUUUUAGUGUAUGCCAUUACCAGGUUCAUUUGGACAAUAGAUAUAAAUGUGUUUUCUUUGCUUUGCCUUGAAUUUGUUUUGGAAAAAUACUUUGGAAAGGAAAAAAAGCAGUGAGGUUUUUACAUUAUUAAACUGUUAAUGUGUAUUCAAACCUUGUGUCAAUCACCUUACGUCAGCUCAAUGCUGUUUUUGGCGAGAGUACCCUGCCUGAGCAUGUUCGAAUACAGGAAGUCAAAAUGAAGGACUGAAAUGUGUUUUAUGUGCCACCUGGACUAUGCCAAGAAAAUCAUUGCAUCCAAAUAAGAGGUAAACACUGGUAUCCAAUAAAGAAGGGGAUAAUAUUGAAUCAC